CCCUUCUCUUCGCUAUCAAAAUCAUAAUAAACCCAAUUGUCCAAUUCAUCUUUCAGCUCUAUUUGUCUCUCGGUCCCUCCUUACUCCCUAUAACCCCCAACAAUAACAUCAAUGGAACAACAACAUCAACAAGACUCUGCUUUAACUCCUCUUACCAAACCGAAGGACUUUGGAAAAUCCGAUUACGGGUGUGAGCACUAUAAGAGACGAUGCAAGAUUCUAGCCCCCUGUUGCAACCAGAUCUUCCCUUGCCGCCACUGCCACAAUGAAGUCACGAGCAACCUGAGCAACCCAAAAGAUCAUCAUGAGCUGGUCAGGCAAGAUGUUAAGCAAGUUGUAUGUUUGAUUUGCAAUACUGAGCAGCAGGUUGCUCAGGUUUGUUCUAACUGUGGUGUCAACAUGGGAGAGUACUUUUGCGACGUUUGCAAAUUCUAUGAUGAUACUGAUAAGGGGCAGUUUCAUUGUGAAGAAUGUGGGAUUUGUAGAGUUGGUGGUCGUGAUAACUUCUUUCACUGUAAGAAGUGCGGAUCUUGCUAUUCAGUGAGUCUGCGUGAUAAUCACUUAUGUGUGGAGAACUCCAUGAAGAAUUUCUGCCCUGUUUGCUAUGAGUAUCUUUUUGACUCAAUUAAAGGCACCACAAUUAUGAAGUGUGGACACACAAUGCACAUGGACUGCUUUCAUGAGAUGGCAGGGCAGAAUCAGUAUCGUUGUCCUAUCUGCUCCAAGACAGUGUGUGAGAUGUCUGCUUACUGGAGAUCGUUGGAUGAGGAGAUACAAGCUACUGCCAUGCCUGAGGAAUACCAGAAUGAGGUUUCAAUUCUUUGCAAUGAUUGCAACAAUACUAGCAAUGUUCGCUACCACAUUUUAGGGCACAAGUGCAGCCACUGCAAUUCAUACAACACCCGCAGGAUUUCAACACCAGAUAAUCAAUGAGACAUCAGCUGAUCAAGAAAGCUGGUUAACAAACAAUACAGAUUAGGCUAUAACACACAUUAUACAUUGUUUCAACGAAAAACUUCCACUUUAGUGAGUGCCUAGGCAAAGUGUAGGAGAGAAUGUAUUGCUUUGUAAUUGACUAGUUUGCAUAGGUUCUUUCAGUAGGUCUCAAAUGAGUAGUUUAUAAGACAUACGUGGGAUUUGAAUGGCCUCAAAAGGCUUGCUGAUUCACAGUUAAGAUUUUCAAGUUGGAUUCAGAUAUUGAAUUUUGAACGGGAGAGUUGACCCCAAAAAGCUUGCUCAUGUUAUUCCUCCAAUAUAUGCAAUUAGUAAACAGUUACUUGAA